AUGCGGGCUACUCUAUUGGAUCCUAUUCGUUCGGCUGGGCUGGAAAUGGCUGCCUCACUGCGUGGACUCCUACCAUCGAAGCAAACUAGCCUGGCCCAACAUGAAUGUUGGAUAAUUGCUGAAGGUAAACCGGAGGCUGUGGCGAGGGGCAUUACAGACCCAAGAAGGGCAUGGCUUACUUUGAGGGAAGUUAAUGAACAUGCGACCGCAAGUAAGCGUCAGUGCCUGGAGACUGAAGAAGAUGGCCUGAAGCGGGGUAGUUUCAUUCUUGUUACUCUAUUAAGGCAUCAGGGAGCUCUUCCAAGAACCUUCAGUGGAAGCUGGGGUGCGUGUCUUAGGUGCGGGCAGAUGGGUCACUACGCGAUAGAGUGCACAGCAAAAAUGCUUCUUGUUAAGGAAGAUAAUGAGGAGAGGUAG